CCUCUAGUCCAGCUCAAAGUCCCAACGCCAAUCAAUCGGGUUCUUGACUUCAGAUCAGACUUUACCAGACUCUACCGCCGGCAUGGUGGCGCCCACACCGCCGCCGAUACAAGACUGGCAGCUGAGAGCCUUGCCAGCGGUCCGUUUCCCGGGGCGCCUAUCGAUUCGUAUUAUCAGUCCACCUUUAAGUGGGAGCUGAUUGAUAACCUGAGACUCCAACCCAGACUUGGACGCAGACACCGCGAGCUAUACUAGUUCUCUCUGCAACGUAGCUCCCACUCUUGUGCCUGAAGUGUUCCCAUCACACACCCUAGGCCAUCACUACUAUUCCCAAUCUCGUCCCAUGGGCUGGACCAAGUGCUUCACAGAGCGGUUUGGGCACUCACAGCCGCUUGUGCCAUGGGUUGCUCUCGUGCUCCACUUCAGCAUCUACUUCUCCCUUGCCUGGAUCAUGUUGAUCAAGUUGCAAGGAUACAAAGCCAACGACGAUGCGUUCCCCUCGGCGUUCCGAUCGCUCGGCCGCCAGAAGCUGCGGGCCAGCGACAUCAUCUCGCUCAUCUCGAUAGCCACCAAGCUCGCCGACAUCAUCGCUGGCUUCUGGUCCUCCAUGCUGGCCAUCCGCUUCGCCCACGUUGUAUGGAAGAAGAUCCGCAGCGUCCGGCCAUACGACACCGACAAGGUAGACAAGGUCAUCCGCUGGACCACCCAGUACUACUUCCCGCCGACUACCAUGGGCGGCCGCCUCUUCUCACCGCAGGCUGUCAUGAUACGCCUGUGUCUGCUGCUCUUUGGGUUGAGUUUUAUCGGCGCCCCGCUGAUCGAGGGUGCGCUGGACUGGAGCUCCUCUUCACAGCUCGGCGAGCCAGGGGCAGCGAGGGUCGCCACGGGCAACCCCACGGCGCAGUUCUUCCGCUGGAACUGGCCGUCGUCCGGCAACAUGCUUGACAGACAAGAAAUUGCCGAAGCCGCCUCCCUGGCCAGCAUCGCCUGGGAGCGCCAGACGGCAUCCAACGCAUCCGACACCACUACCGCCGGCACGGGCCUAGAAAACCGCCGGCCAUGUCGACAUGUAACCAACGACACCCCCUUCCCGGUCGGCUCCGAAAUCCACAACGUCACGAUCCCCUGCAUCGUCGUGCACAACAUCACCUGGCCGACAGGCGAGACACCCUCAUAUAUCAAGACCAUCCUCGACAACAGCACCGCCGUCAGCGCAUCCAACUACGACCCCUUUUCCGCCGGUGUCGAUCACCCCGGAAUCGGCGUACUCUUCGACCCAACCAACACAACCCUCCCCCUCCCCGUCAAAUUCGGCACCAAAAAGAUCAACAUCGCCGUCAUCGACCAACCCUCCUACCCAGCCCCCUUCCGCUGGUCAGGCACCAUGGCCACCAUCAUAUUCCUCUCGCGCGCCUACCCCUACGCGCCCUUCCUCGUCGACCCCUUCGGCUACCAAGCCCUCAACAACUCCAUCCCCAACCGCGAGGAAAGGGGGCACAUCAUCUCCGUCCGCCCGGGCGAGGCCGGGGUGAAGCCCGACAGGACUUACACGUACCUGACGGUAAACUUCACCGCGGGCGUGCGCUUCUCGGCGCGGGGGAGGUAUAUCAAGCCCAAUGUCAUCGAGACCGACACUGAAGAUGACUCGGAUGAUGAUAUUGUCCCCGACCCGUGGGUGCGCGAGGCGCUGUACAUGAUGUCGGACGUGAUGGCGACGGUGGCGGUGACCAACAGUUCCGAGAUGGCGACGUGGCAGAAUCUGCAAGGGUAUGCCGAGGCUUUGAUCAGGUAUUCGUAUUUGGGUGCAUGGGACGUGCUGCAGCGCCAGUUUGACCCCAACAGUACCGAGCUGGCUGUGACGCUGCUUGAGCCAAGGCUGCAGGCUAAUGUUAAUGUGGCGCGGGUGCUGGGUUGGUUUGUGUUGAAUUUGGGGUUUACGUGUACGGCGCUGUCGCUGCCGGUUUUGUGGAGGGAUGAGGUUGAGAGGGAUGAUCAUGAUCAAAGUGAGGGGGGUGAGAGUGAGAGUAGGCGGGAAGGGAAGAAGACUGGGACUGGAACCAAGGAUAAGAUGCAAGACAUUGCGGAAUUGAUGCGCACGGUCACGGCGUACGAGGCUAAGCUGGAGCCUGGUGCCGUGGUUCGGAAAGGAGAAGUGAAAGGAAAAGUGAAAGAAAAGGAGCCCGAUAGCGAGGACGACGAGUUGUUACCAGGGCGGUAGGUGUUUGAAAGUAUUUCGAGCGAAUCCGAAUCUGAAUAUCUGUUAGUUUCCACCCCUGAUCAAAGGUUGCU